AUGAAGAGAAAAUCGCUGCUGGAUUUUCUCAUCGCUCUGGCGAUUGGAUUUCUCAUUGGCGACGUCUUGCAAGCAUACCUCAAGCAAAAACGCUGCCUUCCCGAGCUCAUCCGCGCCCGUCUCGAGUCAAAAGCCAAGCUUCGAUUUCAACCCUCAAAUUUUGACCUCCAAGAAGCUCCAGAAGUUGACUUUGGCAUUUCAAACUCACAAUCAUCUUCUGAAGAAAAUAAUUUUGAUCGAAUCCGGCAAGAAAUUGGGGGAAAGAGAAAGAAACGAGUUUUUAUUGCUAUUCACUCAACGCCUGAUUAUUUGCUUACUCGUGGCCAGGCAAUAAAAGACACCUGGCUCCAAGAAAUCGACCCUCGAAUCGCAACCGUCCGUUUUAUCUCCUCCCCCGUCCCAGGUUUCCCGACUCUAACCCUCCCUGGCGUCGACGAUUACGCCUACCCGCCGCAGAAAAAAUCAUUCAAGCUCUAUGCAUACUUCAACUCCAUCGCCGACGACUACGACUGGUUCAUCCGCGUCGACGACGAUCUCCAUCUUCAGUUCGAUCUUCUUAUUCAAUUUUUGAACAAAAUAAACCCGGACGAGCCGCAUUACAUUGGAGGAACUGGAUUUGGAAGAAAUGCUGAUGAUUAUAUUCCUCAUGGCACGGCUUUUUGCAUGGGCGGCUCUGGUGUCAUCUUUUCUCAUAAACUUAUCAGAAAUUUGAGACCCUAUCUGACGACAUGUAUAAAGAACCUGAUGACCGAACACGAAGAUGUAGAAGUUGGCCGCUGCAUUUGGACUCAUUUGAACAUGGACUGUACCAAAUCUUACGAAACCAACGCAAUCCUCCAUCAAAACUGGAAAAAGCAUGUUGCACCUGGCGAAAUCGGCUACAAAAACGACAUCGACGCCGAACUCGACCUCGACGACAAAAUUCUCCGGAGCGCGAUCACGCUACAUGCUGUCAAAAAUCCGUCUUCUCAAAUUUCCGUCCGAAUGAGAAUUCUGCGACAUCGAGGAGAACUUAUGUUCAACAGGACUCAGGAACUGCAGAAAAUGAUCAAGAGCUCGCACGGGCGAAUGAAAGAGCAGAUGAAUGGGUGUAUUUGGGAUUAUGUGAAGAACAUCGAUACGAAAUACACGACAAGUUUGUUCAGUUUGGAUCCGAUUCCGCAGCUGAAAUUGGUUGAGCCGUUUUUGACUGCGAUUCGACAGCUGAAAUAUGUGAAGAAGGACAUGACUCUCAAUCACAUGCUCUAUCAAUGCGUAACAAGCGACAUGAAGGCCUAUUUACGAUCCUUUUACGAGCUGUCUCGCUGGCAUUUGACGAUGUUUUCUCAAAAAAUCUCGUCCUCAUCCUUUUUUCGCGAGCCAACGCCUCUUAAAAUCGACUUGGAGAAGAAAGCGCAAAGAUCUGUUACUUUAAUUGUACCGCUUUUUGGCCGAAUGGACAAUUUCAAACGCUUCCUUGGUGUUUUCAAAACUCUGACAGAAACAGACGAUGAUCUCAAUCUAAUUGUUUCACUCUCUGGAACGCCUGAAGAGCGAUUUUCUUUGAUCGACGUUAUUCAGUCAAUUUUACCGACGACCUCGUAUCAACGAGCCGUGAAGGUGAUCACGUGCAAUAUUCCGUUCAAGAAGGCCGAUUGUCUUCAAAAAGGAAUCGAUCUGUUGAAGGGGGAAGAUUUGUUCUUCGUUUACGAUGUGGACCUGAUUAUUGAUCAAGAGGUGACAGAAACGAACGGCUUCUGGCGAACCUGGGGUGUUGGUCCUGUAGCCAUGACAAAGAAAACCUACGACUCAUCAGAUCGCUACAAUCAAACCAUCUCUGGCUGGGGAAAUGAAGAUACUGAGUUGUACGAGAACUUCAUCACCAAAAAGAUAAAAUUUUCCCGCUCCCGCGACGCUGGAAUCUUUCACCCCUGGCAUGCGAAGAAUUGCGAAGGCCUGCCCAAAGAAACAACGCAGUAUUCUGCUUGUGUCAAGGUCAAUUUGGAACACAGGAUGAAUUUGAAGAAGAUGGGAGAUAUUCACCUGAAAAACUCGAAUAAAUUCUUGGAGUUUUUGGAGACGGAUCAGAUGAUUGUCUCGCCUCCCAUGCCUAUCAACAGGAAAAAAGCGGUGCUGCUCCUGACGUUUGGAAAGUCUGGUGAUGACUUUAUCGGUGAGAUCUUCAAUUCGCACGAAGAAGCGUUCUACAUCCACGAACCCCUGCAUCCGCUCUACAAGCUCGGUUUCAAAAGCAGCUCCGUCAUUCCCCGACUCAACCUUCUCGGCAACCAGCUCAGCUGCAACUUCGAGGAUCAAUACGACCAGCGCCUCUCCUGGGCAAAAUACUCGCAAGACAUCACCGCCGACCAAAAACUCGACCAACACGGCAACUUUCCUUUUCGAAGCAAACAUCGAAAGCUCUGCGCUCCGCCCUUCUGCCAUUUGGAUCUUUCCGACGAUUUGAAAAAGUGUGAAAGUGUUUGUCCUCCUGCGAAUGUUGAGCAGCUCAAAUCAAGCUGCGAGCCCUUGGUUACGGUGGCUAAGGUUAUCAGAUUUGUGGAAAUUGAGAAGAUAAAGAGCAUGGCCGUGAGGAUGAACCUUGACUUGAAGAUAAUGUUUUUGACCAGAGAUCCUCGGGGUAUUUUGGAAUCAAGACUCACAAAAACAACAGGCAACUUUGGCCCACUAGUCGCUACCGAUGAUAAAAUAAAUUCGAUGGAUUUCGUCUGCAAGCACACAGAAAAAAUCCUCAGUCAAAUUCAAAACGACCCUUGGCUGAGCUCCCGAUCGCAUAUUAUCCGAUAUGAAGACUUUGUGAUGAAUAGAGGAAUUGAAACUACACAAAUUCUGAGACAUUCUGGAUUGGGUUCGGACUCGAAGAGCUCGUCAAACAGCGCUGUUGCAAAAAUCCAGCAAAUGUGCGAGUCACCAAUGCGGCGCCUCGGCUACCUGCCCGUCACUUUCCGACCUACCUCGACUGAACUUGGCGGCAACGACAACAUUGACUCGUUCAGUUUCGAAGGAAACACCUAUCUUGUCUAA